UACGCCUGCUCUGUGCGGCUCACACCGUGCCCAGGACUGCUGGGGGGCGAACGCGCGGGUCGUGCGAGCGGAGAGAGAUUAAGCUGUUCGUCAUCACAUAGGCCCUCCAAGCUUCAACCACUUGGGAAAUUGGAAUUAGGAGACAGUCAUGCCUAUUACGGACCUUAACCCCACAACUGGCGUUGUUACGGUUAUCGUCAUCCUUAUUGCGAUUGCAGCCCUUGGUGCCUUAAUUCUGGGCUGCUGGUGUUACCUCCGAUUGCAGAAGAGCAGCCAGUCGGAGGAUGAAGAAAGCAUCGUGGGGGAAGGUGAAACCAAAGAACCUUUUCUCUUGGUUCAGUACACCGCCAAAGGCCCCCGAGUGGAUAAAAAAACAAAGCUAACGCCUAACGGGCCCGAGGCACAUAACUAACUCCCUGCAGCAGAACAUUGCCCAUUCAGCCAUGAUGAUUCAGAAAAGCAGAACUGAUACUGUGAAGAUCGACCCGCGUCAUUGUCGGAAGGUCACACAUUUCCCUGGUAGCCGGAGAAUAGCUGGCGACGUUGACACUGCAUGCACCGAGUACCUUCUGCAAUCCUGCGUUUCCAUACAUUUUGCCACUUGAAUAUUUCAUUGAGAUCUCCCUUAGAAUGUGAACGAUGUCUAUAACCCGUUUUCCUUUUUGAUAAAGUAGUCGUUCAAUCUUCUUAUGGAAG